GACAGGGGCGGUGGUCGGCGAGAGGGAGGCGGGUGGCUAUGGUGCCCAGCAAGUGCCGGCCUGGCAGGGGCUCGCGGGCCGCGCCCGGCCCGGUAGGUUCCUCCGUGAGGGCGGCGGCAGCGCGCGGCGGGCGGUCGGGUGGCGCGCGGCGGUUUCUCCUCAGUGUGUGGGGACAGCUCCGCCUGUCACGGCCCGCUGUGUGCCGCCCCGGCCGAGCGCUCGCUCAGCCGUGCGCGUACGUGUGAGGGUGACUCGGGUUUGUUUCCCGCUGCGGCACAGCGGCGUUCCUCAGCGCGGUGCCAGAAAGAGCUCCUGCUGCCGCGGGGCUGCUGUGUUGGAUGUGCCGUCCUUGGAGGUUCGAUGAGCCCGCUGUAUUGAUGCACGUUUUGGAAAAACUUUGACUUCAAGAUAAAUAAAGAACCGCCGUCUCUCCACAACAGACUUUUGCAGCAUGACCUGGAAAAAAACUAUUCAGGAAGGCAAGGAGACCCAAGAGUGUUGAGUCCUUUGGUGCGCAAUAAGCAGCUGUAUCUUCCAGUGCCAUCCACUCUGACAGAGCUUUCUGGUUUGGAGUUCAAGCAAAGCACAGGUUCUUUAUCUGGAUUUGGGGAGUCCUCUAUACAUGCAAAACCCAGAUCCCGACAAAGCAGUCACAGUAUUACUUCGCAUGUUUCAGAUAACACACAUUUUGGGAGCAGUUCUUCAAUAACAUUUCCUGUCUUGCAACGUACUGCUGAGGAAAAAAUACUGAACUCGGAUAGACUCACCCUGGAAAGACAGAAGCUGACAGUGUGCCCAGUUAUUGAUGGAGAAGAUCACCUUCGCCUUUUGAAUUUUCAGCAUAACUUUAUAACCCGGAUCCAGAAUAUUUCCAACCUGCAGCAUCUUGUUUUCUUAGAUUUGUAUGAUAACCAGAUAGAAGAAAUAAGCGGGCUUUCAACUCUGAGAUCCCUGAGAGUUCUUCUUUUGGGGAAGAACAGAAUAAAGAAGAUCUCAAAUCUGGAGAACCUAAAAAAUCUCGAUGUUUUGGAUCUUCAUGGAAAUCAGAUCACUAAAAUAGAAAACAUCAACCAUUUGAGUGAACUGAGAGUGUUAAACCUUGCCAGAAACCUUCUGUCCAUCGUAGAAAAUCUUAACGGACUGGAUUCACUUACGGAGCUCAACCUUCGUCAUAAUCAAGUCUCUGCUAUAAAAGAUGUGGAUACUUUGCCCCGUCUCCAGCGUCUGUUCCUCAGCUUCAAUAAUAUAUCUAGUUUUGAGGAUAUUCUGUGCCUUGCUGAUUCCUCAUCUUUGUCAGAUAUCACCCUUGAUGGCAAUCCAAUAGCUCAGGAGACAUGGUACAAACACACUGUUCUCCAUCAUAUGAUGCAGCUCCGACAGCUAGAUAUGAAGAGAAUCACAGAAGAGGAAAGACGCAUGGCAUCUGUUGCAGCAAGGAAAGAAGAAGAAAGGAAGCGUGAAAGUCAUAAACAGAGCUUGCUUAAGGAAAAGAAGCGGUUAACAAUUUGUAAUAUUGCUCGCCAAUGGGAGAUACAGCAGAAUCGAACAGAUCUUGUGGCUUCUUUAAGUCAAGAUAAAGAUAACCAGCCUUGUCCGAUCAAUGGCAGUGCUGCAUAUGUAUUUCCUGAAGAAAGCAGGUCUCUUGACACAAUAUUGAACAAUGCAGUACAAGGCUUGUCUGUCCUUGAGUCUCAUCUGGUGGAACUGGAGGGAGACACUCUUUACUUGUAUGGCUCUGGAGCACUGGAGUGCUUGGAUCGGAACUGGAGUGUUCAAACAGCUGGAACCAUUGUCACAGUCUCCUUUGUGUUCAUAGAAUUUGAUGAAAUUGUUCAAGUGUUAACAAAACUGAAGAUAAAAUUUCCUAAUUCUGUGCACCUGAAGUUUAAGGAGACGAAUCUUGUGGCACUGCAGCAACUCAAUGCAUUAGCCCAGCUGCAUCGCAUGGAACAAUUAACAGUUGAUCCACAGGGAAAUCCAGUUGUUAACUUCACUCUGUGGAAAUACUAUGUUCUGUUUAGAUUGAACCAUUUUAAUCUACAGAAGAUAAAUGGAAUUGAGGUUACUCAAGAUGAUGUUGUAAUGGCAGAAAGGCUCUUUGGCAUUCUGGCAUAUGUAGCAUCUUCUGAGCUGCCCCGUUAUCGCUUGCUUUCUUCCUUUGGAGAAUCUGGGAUGAAGCAAUUAAGUUAUCCUCUGGAGGGAAAGGGGAAGAAGUCUGGGACUGGAAAUGAGGAAAGUGGUGAUAAUAGAAGAGCUGGGAGAGAAAGCUCUACUCGAGCAACGUUGAAUUAUGUCACAAAGGACUUUCAUAUGGAAAAGCUUGAGGAAAUCAAGGAAAGAAAAACAUUUUGCCAAACAUACGUCAAGAAUUUAGUGAAAGAAGCUGCUGACAUCCAUAUGAAAAAUGAGUCCUUGCAGAAGCUCUGGCCUCAAAUGUUCAUUGAGCUUGUCAGAGAUGCAGUGAUAGAAAUACGCAAUAAAAAUUCCUUCAUGAAACUCAGCUUACAGCGGAUCACUGAUCAAAAACAGUAGAAUCAAGGCCUCUUUCCUUGCAAGCUUUUGGUUUCUGAUUUGGAUAAUGAUUCACAAACUUAAAACAAUAGAAUGUAGAAUUACCAUCAAAUUGAAACAUCCUAACUGCCCACUUGCUCCCCCCACACAAAGGUUACCAUUAAAUCUUAAUUAACUCUGUUUUCAUAGCUUUCUUCGUAGUGUUCAAUUGCAAGUAAAUUUGUAUAAAGCAUUAACAGUGCUUCCUUGGCUAAAGUGAAGAGAUGGCAUAGAGGUAACUUUGUGAUUAUGCCACAUUUCACUACAUUCUUGUUCAUUUUUUUUCCUGCUAUCCUCUCUUUGGUAGUGCCAUAGCAUUGAUGUUAAGGAAUGAGUUUACAAACUGCUUAUUUAUUUAUUUUUGUUAAAUGCUUUCUGAUUGUCAACUUUUUGACUAUUUCUUGCUGUCUUUUAAAAAAAGUAGGAAUAUUAGCAAAUUUUUUAAUGAUCAAAAGCUAGUAAAUUAUUGCUUUUACACACUAAGGUUGAUGAAUGCUUUAUAUUAUUUGAUUUGUCAGAUUAUAGAACACAUUUUCAGAUCAAGUCCAUGAUGGUUCUUGACAUAUUUAAUUAACCUAAUUCUUAACUGAACAAAUGGCCCAAACUGGACUUCAAGUUCUUUUUUCAUUAAUUUAUGUUAGUUUGUGUGAAUUAUUAUAGGUGAAAUAUGAAAUUGGGGAUAUUGUACUUAAGCUUUAUUUUUAUUCUUUUAUAAUUUAUUGACAUAACAAAUUAUUACUUCUUGAGCUUUGUUGAAUAAGGUCAUAUGAACUGAAAAGCAUGCAUUAAAUUUGAUAAGGAAACUGAUGAAUGCUGUUCAGUUGUAAUCACCGACAACUGUUUCAUUUCUGUGUCUGUGUGAAAAUUUCAGUCUUUUAUCAAUAAAAAUGAAUUAUUCACUUUUACCUUUCACAGAUAAUUGGAAGAAGCACUGUGUGCAAGGAAAAGGCUUGUCCUUAAUGCUGCAUGAAGAGAUGAGAUGCAACUUGCCCUCAAAAUCUAAAACACAUUCCGUAGUCCUCUGUAAAUACCUUAUUAUCUUCUGCCCAGAAAUUGAAUUUAGGAAAUGCUAGCAAGUUCAACUGAUUCCUAUAGUUAAUGUUUAUAUGUGGCUAGAAAGUUGUGCCAUUUGAACUUAAGUUUGGCAUUCUGUGUAUCUUAGUAAAUGAAUCCAAAUUCUUUGUUGGUUUUUUUUUUUUUUACUCAAUUCACAUUGGUCUAAUUUUAUGUAAGCUCACUUAUAGGAAAAAAAAAAAUCAUAAACCAAAGCAAACUUCUUGGAAUGGCUUAUAUGGCUCAGAACUACGUUGUUUUUCCUGCUUUAUGUGAACAAGGCUGCCGGGCAAAGCAGAGGUAAGUUUUUAUGUCCUGAAAAAGGCUUUGAGUCAGUAGCAGCAGUCAGGUCAAAGCUUUCUUGGAACCCAGUGUAUUUGCAUUCAGAUCAUGCUGGUGUAUCUCAGUUAUCAGUAGGAACUCACUUUCAGAGUGUGUUACAGGCUAAUGGUGGCAUGCAUACCGCUGAAUAUAGCUUCCAAGUAUUUUCGUUUGGUUUAUGGUAUAUGUGAACUUCAAAGCUAUGCUUGCAGAUAGUUACCUUUUAGUAUUUACAGAAUUAAAUAGAGGUUAAAUCACUUUAAAAUUUCACGAAAUGUUAAAAAUCCUGAAGAAAGUGCUUCAGCAGUCAUCAGAUUUUAAUUGAAUUAAUCACCCCUUCAGGCUUCUUGAACAGUUUAAUGGAAUUUAAAAUAAGGUGAAUGUAUUUGAUAGGAUUUCUUUUUUCUUUCCAUUGCAAAACCACUCUCUCAAGUUUUAUGGUGCCUUUUUAUUAAGGGAACACAUAAUGUCCAUAUGAAAAGGGAGCUGGGUAGGGGUGGAGGUGGGGAGAAGAAUUUGCUGUAUAGAUAGGCCGUCAGUAUAGAAAGAAACUUGCAAAAGUUUUUUGGAUCUAUCAGUUACUUUACGUCAUUUCUGUGCAAGGAGGGGCGAGUGGAGCAAUUCCAGCUUCUGCGUGGGGACAAAAAGCUCAGCAGCUGUGUGAAAGUGCAGAACUCUCUUGAUGAUAUAGCCAGAGCAGAUGGGCCCCUUUUGAAUCACAUUCAGCAGUAAUAAAACAUUGGAAAAAAAAAUGCUUUAAGAAGGGUGGUUAGGUCUAGAAGAACAGGAAGUUCUCCAUAGGAAAAUCCAGAGAAAAGUCAGACUUUGUGAUGCUAAGGCUUUAGAGGUGUAACCCUGAUUGAAGGCUUUAAGGUACAAUCCUGAAAAAAACAAAUGGCGUAAAAUAGAGGGUAUUAACUGUGAAUUGUAUUAACUUCUCCUUAGAAUGCUCUGUAUCCACAGUAGUCUGUGAAUGCUGGCAGUUUUAAUGUUUUUCUCUAAUAGCAGUCGUUUGUGACAGGAUUGUUAGGUCACUGAAGUGAAGGUUGGUAGGCCAAUGAAGUAAAGAUUUAACAUUGAGCUGUGUAAUAUCUUACAUGAAACCAAUAGGAACAAAAAUCAUUAUAUUUUUCAUAAUUCUUUCUAAAAACAAAUGAAUGAGGGACUAAAGUAAUGUUAGGCCUCAAUACUUUGGGUUCUGAACUGCCAGGUGAUUUUAAAAUUGUUAGUAUGUUAUGUAUAGCUUAUGUACGAAUCAGACUUGUUUAUGUCAAUUCAUGCAGACUACUGUGACCCAUUACUGUAGUUUCUUAUUAAUGAGUUUCUGAAUACGUACAAAUACGAAGUAUUUGGUAUAAGCAGCAGAUUGCUACGGAUUCUGAAAAUUAAAUGCUACAUACAUAAACUUUCCGAAUGUUAACAUGUAUAUAUUGAGGAAUUAAAAUAGCCAUUGACUUUCAAGCUGAUGACCUUUUACUAAAGCCUUCCAGGAUGAAAGGAGUUGUUCUCUUGCUUCAAAAGCCUCUAAAUGCUGCAUAAAACCAUACUUUGGUACCUUCAGUAUUUCAUGGAUAACCCAUUGAAAAUGGACCCUUGUGAUCCUCUCGUGUAGUCUGACUUUGUGCAGGAGGUGUAAUUGUAUAACUUACGUAUAUCAACUAGAAAUCAUCCUAAAGAUUAAAAUAUUUGAGUCAGAAGAGUAUCUUUUUAAACUUUUCCAUUGAUUUCAGGAUGAUUAAUAUGCUGUUCUUGUUUUCUGAGAAAAAUUUCCUGUUUCCAGCUAUGGUUGGAUAAAGAUAUAUUUUGCUUUGAUUCAGUUUUGGUUUAGCUGUGUCAUGCAUGAAGGCCCCAUUAUGUCAUGCAGUCAUUGUUUAUUCUGCAUCUGAAAUUUUGCCCUCAGUAAGGAGACUGAUGAAGAGCUGUAUUUCAUUCGCUUCAUUUGAUAUCGGAUCAGAGAAAAUAAUAUACCUGCAGAUAAGCCACCAAAGUGGAACAAAGGGAGGUGCGAUUCACUUAGUGCAAACCAAAAGCUGAUCCUGUCAGCUUUGAGGAAUAAAACGAACUGGGAAGAGUUCUGUCAGAGCACAGUAAAGUAAGUAAAACCAAUUUACUGACUGGGGCCAAGUGUUCGUUUUGAAAGCUGUUCUAUAUCCCUAAUCUACACUGCCUAGAAAAGCAGAAUUUCUUGUCUGCCACUACAGAUGGUUGUACUUCUAUCAUAUAAGAUAUUUAAUAAUAAAGAUUAACCUAUUAAAACAUGGAUCUUCUGCAAAUUUAGGCAGUUGUACAAACACUCUGCAGAUUUAAGACUUCUUUCUUUGUCAAAGCUGUCAGCUGUAAAAGUAACAAACAUUUAUGCUUCUUGUUGCUAUUUUUUAUCAUAGUGAUGUAACACAAUUAACUGCUUUUUGUUAGGUAGUUUAAAAAGCUGAAGCAAAUGCCUGCGAUUUCAUAUUAUUAAGCAAAAUGCACAAGUAUAUAAUUUAGAUUGAGAAGUCAGUACUCAUAUUGAAAAUCAUGGUAAAACCACUUUGUUUAAAUUUGGAACAGACUACUUGAACAUUUCUGUUCUCAUAUCACACAAACUUCAUCUCUUGAAGUCCAGUAUCAGUGCAACCACUUUCUCUUUGGUUUAAAUUGGAGCCAUCAGUCUUUUAGGGAAUUAUGAAACAUAGUGCUUUGUUAUUCACAUGUAGAAGGAGUGGGAAAAGAUGAGAAGAGCUAUCACUUUGCUCUGUAGUGUGAUAAAGUUGCUUUCACUCAGAAGUGAAUGUAAACUGAUUUUUGUGUGUACAGAGUAUAGGUUACGCACACCUAAGACACUUUUACAAAAGGCUAAUUAGUAUUUUCUUACAUGUAACUACAGAUAUCACUUCAGAGCUGGAUCUCCUUGUACAUAAGCUAAAAAACCCCUGAGUUUAAGGGACUGUGUAUAACCUGAGGAUCCAGUUUUGUUGGCUGGCUUUGCUAGGCUUCUGUUAUCAGGAAGAAAGAUUAGCUUAUCUGGAGGAACUCUUUUCUUUGUCUACUGUGAUUAAAAAAAAGAAAGUGUUCCUCUGCAGGCUCUGUACUGUACUUCAUAUACUGUGCUUGUGUAUCGAUGGCUGAAUGGAUGCCUCUGCUGGUCUAAAAUGUCAGGAAGACCUGGUGAAAAAUUGAGAAGUCUUAAUGGGGAAAAACUUUCUCAAAGUCUGUAUUUCUUUGUUUAUUUCAGCUAUGAAUGGGUGGAUGUAUUGCAAGUGGAAACAACAUUUACAAAAGUACACUGAGCACAGAACAGCAGAAAACUGCAGGUUAUAGUUUGUAUGCCAAAUCCAGCAUUGGAGGUAUCCACAACCCCAAUAAAUGUAUCUGUGCAAGGCAGCCCUAUAUUGUUGAGUACUGGCCGUGUUGAUUUGAGGAAACUUUACAUGUAAAUAUUUAUUCCAACACUUUGCAAAACACAAAUUGAUAGUUUAAUGUUUGCUUGUUGGUUGUAAUGGUAUAAAAUAAUGUGAUGAAAGCAAAAUCAGGUUAAUUAAAGGCAAAAUCUGUUAAUUAAGGCCUAAUACCACUUUUAGCUGUUGCCUUUCUGGUUAGGUGAGUGCCUCCAUGCUAAAAAGGAAAAUCUUGUGUGGGAUCAUUAUUCUUGUUAUACAGUGCAUGUGCACUCACUGCAUCUCUCAUGUGAUUAUAGACGUUUUAUUGACAUGUAGUUUAAUGCUGCCUCCACAAAUGUUACUUUCUAGUUUGAGACUAACUAUUCCUUCCACUCCUAUUUGAUUAAUACGCACACCCCAAAAUUUGUGCAGCGAGCAGUACUUUGUUUUUCACCAACAGGUCUGGAACUUUGCAUGAACAUGGAGCAGGCCAUAGACAUAUUCAUUCUUUCUGGAACACUAUUCAUGGAUAACAUAAACAGCAGUAACCUUUUCAAAGGAUUGAGUAUGAUAACUUUAAAGAAUCAAGGUAACAAAAAGGCUUCUGCUUUUAUGAAUAGUGUUGAGCAUUUAACACAAGCACGGGGGGAGGUAGUCUGUAAUCAUGUCUUGUUUCCAUGUGUUUGUAGUAUACCAUUAGAUAAGAGAUUAUAAAGUUAAUUCACAUUACAGUUGUGGAAUAAUUGGACCUAUGAAUGUGAUAUUUGUAUUACAUGCAUGCAUAGCCUAGGCACUUUGCUAGGUUUUGCAAGAUACUGAGGCACUUCACUCUCAGUGAAGGAAAUAAUUGCUACAGGUAGAGAAACCAUUACUUUCUAGUAAUAAUAAUAAAAAAAUCAUUGAUAAGCUUUACAAUAUACUUAGAAGUAAAAUUGUGAAGCAGUGCAUGCUGUGAUUUGUUGCGUUUUGGCACAUGGCAUAUUUGCAGCCUGCUCACAUUAGGCUCCAGUGACCUGUGCUCUCUAAUGAAGUAAAGAAAUGAUUCUGAAAAGUGAUGUAAAAAACAAGGAGCAUAGUUCCUGUAUCUGUACUGGCAAUGUGAUAUAUUAGAUUUCAUACAACUUAUAACCUGAGUCAAGCGUGUUAAAGCAAUUGUUUGAUUAUGAAGUGUUUGUGUAAGGCUACAAAUGUUUUGCCCUCUAGCGAAAUGUCAUUUGGUUCUCAACAUCUCUCUGGAAUCUAUAAUGUAAUUCGGUGUUUUUGUAAUCUGGAAAAUGCAAACUGGCUUGUCAGCUUAAAGAGAAGAGAACUGGGGAAAUACUAAAGGGAAGGUUGUGGUGAGUGCUAUUGGAUUAGAGAGUGAAAAGUGUAGAGAAGACUUGGUGAUCUCUGGUGUUCUUUUGGAGAAUGCAUGAGUGCAUGUAACAUGGAAUAUAUAAACGCAUAGCAAAAGACCUGAGAGUGAAGAUCUCUCUCUGAUGUUGUGGUAGUCACUUUAAAACAAACAAAUCUAAUUUUUUUUGACAGUGCCAUUGUUGUGGUUUAACCCCAGAAGGCAGCUCAGCCCCGCACAGCUGCUCACUCACUUGUCCUCAGGUGGGACAGCAGAUAGAAUCAGAUUAUCAUUUGCAGAAAGUACCUGUAUUUUCUAAGCUGUUUCAAAUACAUUUGUUGUAUAUUCUCCAGGCUGCUACUCACAGCAUUUUAAGAUUUAAAUAGGGGAAAAAAAAAAAAAAGUGGUCUGCAUCUGUAAAGAGAGAGAGUUACAUUGGUUAAAAUGACUUUAGAGAGGUGGUAAAGACCUCGUAGCUCUGCUAGUACCAUUUUUUAAAUUGCAUGAGUCUUGAUCUCCUUGCUGGUUUUGGAAAGGAAAAGGAACCACAGGUGUCUUGGAAGUCAUAUUGAUGAUUUACUCUUUCUUUGCUGGUGCUGAACUUUUGCCCUUGUUUGGCAAUGUAGGUUCACUCUCAGGGCUUGGAGGCCUGAGUAGCUGUGUCAGAAAAAUAUCCUAACUGAUAUAGGUGUGCUCAGGGCAUUUUCCAGAUUUGAACAACAUAUGUUGGCUAUCUAAGAUUAAUAAUUUAUUCUCACAUCUUCUGUUAACACCUCACUUUGACAAGCUUUGUUAUGCUGGGGGGAGGGGCACAAAGUGACCUUUCAAUAAUGAGUGUCUCUGUGUGAUAUAUAUGAAUGUGUUUGAGCUCUUCUAGGAUGAUUGAUGACCAUCAGUUGUGAACUGCUUAUGGAGACAUCUGUGCUGCCUGGCUACCGACUGGCUCUCAUUUUAUUUUUUAUUUCAAAGAUACUCUUUCAUAACAUGUUCUUGUCCAAAAUGGCAAGGAGGCUAUAGGAUAAAAAGCAGUGCCUUGGAGAGGAUCGUCCCCUCAUGGCCUAAAUUUUAACAGCAGCAAAAGUGAAAUAAAAAUGCAUUAGAUAUCUGGUAAUGAGCUGACAAAGGUGUUAAGGCAGCCAGGUGCUGCAUAUCUCAUCUGAAGUGUAUGUUAAGUGUUGGGCUCACAGAGCGAGGCAGCCUUAUGUAUUUUUAGAAGUGUGAGAAUUGUUGUGGGAAGCCAGAUCCUUCUAUAUUUCUCCUCUGCUUCCCUUUGGAGGCUCUCACAUUCCCCACACUUUAAUUUCAAGCUCCAGUUAUUCUGUUAUUUAAGAAAAAUAUUGUCAGCAUUGCUUGUAACUUCAGCGCUUUGUCCAACAGAAAGCAGGCGCAGGCAACUUUUUACUUUUCCCCAUCAUUCAGUGGGAGUCCAGUGGCCAAGAGGAAGAAAGCCUCGGGGUAGGGGUGUCUACCAGCAUGCAGUGAAAUAGCUCUAGCACAUGUUGUUUCAGCAGGAUUGCUUUUUUUUUCCUGGCGCUGUCCUGUUGUGAAGGGAGGUGUAUACUUGGCUGCCACAAACACAAACUUAAUUAACUUGCACUUUCACCUGUAACAGUCACAGGUCAAGGAUUGCCUGGAUUUUGUACUUCCAUUUUUUUUAAAAGUAGUCUGCUUUGUGUCCUAAAGAAGAUUCAUGCUUCUCUUCUUUAUUGAUCACUGUGUCUGUAGAAUGAGAGGAAUUUGCAAUAAAUAAAAUACUCUGAAAGUA